GUCGCCUGCGACACUGGUACAAGUCCCCUUUCCUUGGAGGGAAAUUUCCCGGGGUUGGCCAAAUUAGCCCAGUUCAUACUACUUUUUCUUGCUUGCGCAGAUAAAAGGAAUCCACGUUGCCCUCCUGUUCCUUUUUUGCCCUCGAACAGCCCCAGAAGUUCGAAUUUCCCACAUCAUGAAGGCGACUAUCACUGCGCUAGCUUUAUUAGGAUCGGCAGCCGCUGAGCGCCUCCUCCUAGCAUCUUAUGGCACCGACUCGAAUCUGGGCGCUGUUACAACUCUCGAACUCUAUCCCAGCACUGGUUCUAAAUGCAGCCGCAAGCUGGAGGUUAUUCACUACAACCAAGAAUGCGGUGCCCUUCCUACUUGGCUCGACACAAGUCUCGGCCAGAAUAGGGUGAUCUGCCUAGAUGAAUCAGGCAACGCCAACAUCACGACAUUCAAUCUCCAGGCUAAUGGUAGUCUGAAGAAGAUUUCUAGUUCGCCUGCGCUGGGUGGUGCUGUAUCUUCAGCAACCUAUAACAACGGGUCGGCUAUAGCACUCGCUCACUAUGGACCUCCAGCGAUAUCUUCCUACUCCGUACACGGCAACAGCCCCCUUCAAUCGCUCCAAAACAUCACCUUCGCCGACCCAGAAAAGAUCCACCAAGCUGUCCUUGACCCCACAGGACAGUACAUGAUCUUCCCCAGUCUGGGCGCCGACCGCGUGCAUGUCUACGCCAUCAACCCCACCAGCGGCCAACUAACCCAACUCGAGUCUCUGGUCUCCCCAGCCGGCUACGGCCCCCGCCACGCCGCCUUCUGGAUCUCCAAACAAUCAGGCUCCACCUUCCUCUUCGUCGUCCACGAACUCAGCAACAAAAUCAUCAGCUACAAGGCCACCUACCUCGCCAACCACGCCGGAAUCAAAUUCACCCAGGUCGACGAAGUAAGCACAUAUGGCAACUACACCCUCCCGGACAAAAAGCUGUCCGCUUCGGAAAUCUCAAUCUCCCCCGAUAAUGCCUUUGUGCUUGCCGGAAACCGCAACGGCACCAUUUUCACCGUCGACAAUCCGGAUCCCAAGAAUAGCACCAAAGUGCCGAGCGACUCGAUUGUUACAUACAAGCCGUCGGCAGAUGGUAAAUUGAAGUUUGUCCAGCUAGCCAAAUCUGGGGGCUACUUUCCACGCCAUUUCCAUAUGAGCAAGGAUGGCGCGUUGAUUGCGGUUGCAAAUCAGCGGAGUAACAAUGUGGCUAUUUAUGCGAGGGAUGUCAAGACGGGGGUUAUUAAGGAUGAUAAGCCUGUAGCGGGAGCUGCGGGUCUUGGACCGGGAGACCUCAUGUAUAUCACAUGGGUCUGAGAGUAACGAAGAGGAGUGUAGGCCAUGACAAAGACGAAUAAGGGUUUUGAGCUUCAAUUGUGCAUAGUUCAAUGAUGCCAAAGAGCAAUCUAGUAAAUUUAGAUUUGUAAAUCUAGAUGAUAAGUAGUUGGUCUUCAAGGUAUUUGUUUUCCUUGUUCUUGUGCAAUAGCCCACGCCACGGCGUCCCAUACAUCACCCACAAUUUUACGUGGUUCAGGUGAUGGUUUGGUACCCUUGACGUAGACGCCCGUCUCUACUAAUAUACUAGCCCAAUCGGUGCCGUACGGACUCUUGUAGUUGUUGCCACCAGCAAUGUCACUGGCUGGGUUAUCGCCAACCAU